GGUCAAUAAGAAGGUCAUAUCUGUAUGCAGAUAACUUAAGGGCAACACUAAACCUCGCAACGGCUCAAGUACAGUGUAAAUCAUCAACAGCAUCGAACAGUUCAAAGUCAAUAUCACUGUAUCACUUCCCCUGGGACUUGCUAGUCUUCUGCAGCGAUGAGACUGUGCGCGAUUGUUGUUCUGUGCAUUGAAAUCUUCGCGGGUCUUCGCGUCGCAGGGAAUAGAUGUAACGAUGGAAAGUGUCCUUCAGUUUCGCAAAACGGUUCUGAGAAAGACGGAAAGGAAAGCGAUGACAGAUUUACCUGCUGUGCCUGUGGAGGAGCAACCUACGACAUCACAUUUACUGGUAAAUGGACAGAAUCUACAUAUCCCCGGCAUUUUCCCGGGCGAAUGGCACGCUGGUCACCUUUAAUUGGUUCCUCGCACAGUAAGGAUUAUAUUGUAUGGCAAUUCGGAGGAAUGGCCUCCCCUGGGGUCACAAAGGUCAGCGAGUGGGGAGCCGUCGAGAUGCUGGAGAAGGAGAUGAAAAAUCAAGGAGAGAAGGUGCUCAGCAUAAUCAAGACGCACACGUUAUAUAGAAGUGCCGGCAAGGUUUCCACCACAUUUAAAGCGGACAGCAAACGUAACCUUGUCUCAGCCUUGGCCAAGAUCUUCCCAAGCCCUGAUUGGAAUGUUGGCGUUGACCGGAUAAACCUGUGUGACGGGAAUUGUACGUGGAAAAAAGCUGUUAUCAGGAAACUUUAUCCAUGGGAUGCUGGUACCGAUGACGGGAAAACCUUCAAGUCACCAAACAUUAAAUCUGUCCCCCAGCAGCCAAUAAGAAACAUAACAACAAACACUCAUAAACUGGGAUCAUUCCCUGGUCAGGGAGAUCGCGGAGUCACGCAACCGUUUGGUCAGAUUGAAAUACAGCUCAUGCAGACUUCCGGAGAAUGCAACGGAAAGCCUGGACGUCCUCCUUUCCCUGAGAAAUCUCCAAAAGUUCAUUGCAAAGUUUCUCGCUGGUCGGAAUGGAGACCCUGCUCGGUCACCUGUGGUACUGGAGUCCAGCGCAGGGGCCGCGCGGUAAUCCAGAAGCCAAAGAAUGACGGGAUUCCUUGUCCUCAACUGAUAGAGUCAAGGGCUUGUAUCCAGCCCACCUGUAUUGGUAAACCAGUCAAUUGCAAACUCUCCCCUUGGUCCUCCUGGAGUGAAUGUCGUGGUUCAUGUAACAGGGGUGGACAAUUUCGCUCGCGCAAAAUUCUACAAAAAGCAGAACAUGGCGGAAGUCCAUGCCCAGAAUUCAAAUCACUUAUCAAAUGGAGGCGGUGUAAGCUGACAAAAUGCCCGCCAGAGAAACAUAACGACUGCAUAGUAACAGGAUGGUCACCUUGGUCAGAAUGUACUAAAAAGUGCAACAGAGGAAAAAAAUUACGAGUAAGGAAGAUCAUCAGAAGCGAAAAGAAUGGUGGAGCAAGUUGUCCGAAAAAACUCAGGGAAAGGAAAAAGUGCGUUCCCGUCAAGUGUCCUGGUGAGUUCCUUGUUGUCAGCGGUCUGGAAAACUUAUUUCCGUUAACGCUUAUUGUUUGUGGGAUGAACUAGUAAACCUAU